AUGAGCUUCUAUUGCCUUGUUAUGAUCCGGAUAGUUUAUAUCACAGAUGGAGAAGCAAAUUAUAAAGCAUAGGCUUCGUUUAUAGAAGGUAGAAGUGGUCGUAUACUUUUUUUAUAAGUUUUUAGUGGCGUUUGCAAAAAAUUGGUUUGAAAACAAGUAGCUCCUUCCUAUCUCAAUGAUUAUGUAUUCGGAUGUCAAUCUCAAUAUUUUGAAUUCUAUAAUUUGUUUCAGAAUUCAGAUUCAGGUAGCCGCUUGCUUUUUUUUGUAUCCUGGGGCUGCUAGAAGAGUGGCUUCAGUUUUUAUCCAGUUCGCAAAUCUUAUAACGCUUUGACUCUAAUGUGUACCUUACCGGCAUGGGAUUGUGGAUCUUCCUGUUUGGUGGGAUGCUACCUUUCUUGGGCCUCAUCUUCAUCCUGAUGAUCAUGCUUCCUACUUCGAUGGCCUGCUUCGGACUCUGCCCGUACUCCAGUGAUUUACUCCUUGUAUAAUUGAUGGGAUGUAGUUCUUAGUCCCUAUUCGCAAUAUAAUUGAUGGGAUUACUCUCUACUUAGACUACUCUCUUGUUCUACAACAGGGCGACCGCUGCAGUGGUUGUGCCGACGAUGACGAAGGUUGUUGUGAACGUUGUCGUUUUCCUGUGCGUGUCCAUCUACCUCGUUUUCUAUUUCUUAUGGGGGAGACUUACGCAAACUUAAUCUACUACAUCACUACAUACAACUUGAAAUGCUACUACUUACAUCAUUUACCGGCUGCUCUUGAUUUUCUUAUAAUCUAUCGUGAGUAAAAAUAGCUGUUUUUGUUGUUCGGUAAGUAGAUGCAGGGAGUAGCAAGAAUACAGAGUAUAUUCAGUUUUUGAGAUAUUUAAUUGGAAUAAGAUGAUUUAUUAGGUUUACAACAUAAGUAUCUUCUAGUAGUGUUGGGCUUAAUAGAGUAAUGGUAAUCUCCCCACUGAAUCUAUACUUCUAGUAGUACUAACUAUUUAAAUUCUCAUUUAUACUCAUCCUCUGCAUUUUCUUUCUCAUACUAGCAGAUGAUUAUCGGAGGCAAGCACAGGAGAAACCAGUUCUCGAUUGACGACUACGCGUUGGCGGCUUCCUGUCUCUUCCUCGAAAUCAUCGAACUCUUUCUCCUCAUGCUUAAGGAACAAUGCUUCAAAUGUAGUUUUUCUUUCGUCAUGAUCCUCUUCCUGAGGUAGUUGUUACUCACUGUGUACCUUAAUGUUAUUGAAACAAUUUUAUCAACAUUUGAUCAACAUCUACUGUCUCCAAGAACAUGACAAGAAAUUGUAAACUAGCUGAGGGGAUUUCACUUUUCAACCACAGAAUCUUCACUUUUCAUCAACCUGCUUUUACUAGAACAAUGAAAAAAUAUAUGAUACACUACCUCGUCAUCUAAUCUAUUGUGUUGAUGUAUUGUGAAGGAUCCCUAACCUAACCUAACUUUGUAUUGUACACUACCUCUAAUCUGCUCAGAAUUCUGGCGGCAGCGAAGCGACAGUAGCACGCGUCUUUCCAAGGAGGAGGGUGGACAGAGGACGAAAUGGAAAUUUGUAGUCUACGUACCAUAAAAAUCCAAGUAAAUUAGAACUAAGUUGGAAAUGGUAGGACUAUGAACUCAUACACAAAGAACGCAUUAGAAUGUAUUCUAGUGUGAAUUGAUUUUGGUGAUUGAGAAGUAAUUACAAGGUACUUAAAAGUACGAAGUACUAGGAGGAGCAUACUCAUCUAAUGCACAGCACUUAAGAAUGUAAGAACAAGAAGAAUAAAGGACUACAAGAUAGUAGUUGCGCAUUUAUUAUCAUCACAGGAGGCGCAGACAAGUUCCUUCAACAUCACACAAAUAGGAAGAGCAAAUGCACAAGAUCUUCAUACAACUAACACAUCAAAACUCGAACAUUCACGUGGACUCAAUAAAGAUACACGCGCAUCAACAUUAUGGGAAUUUUCUAGAAGAGGUUCUUAGUACAGUUUAUUACGUAAAAAUAACCAUCACACUCAUGUAGCAACAUGUUCAAGUGACAAACACAAACAUCACAGGUAACGUCACAUACAUGCAUAAUUCCCGUAACAUUCACAAGCAAUAUUGACAAACACAUGCACAACCAUCCUUCUAUCAUCGAUACGUAAUUAUUUGUUACUAAAGCAUCUUCCAUGGAUGAGGAUGAUCUCCGCACAAUAAAUCAUGUGCAUCAACUGAAUUUUCAUGAGCACUCCCAUUUUCCUUACCCUUAUGGUUAGUUUCUCUUACGUGUGAUGUUGCAGGCUAGGUGUAUUAGAGAUGUUCUAUCGUUGCCUCAAGUUGAGCAUGAUGCUAGUAUUUGUCACUAAUGCUCCAUAUAAUUGUAAAAAUUUGUCAUGUUGUCAAUGGCUUGUGGUCGGGAAGAAUCAAUAUUUGGGAAAUUAUCAAUGUAAGUACUUAUAAAUGAGAUGGAAGAGUACGAAGAUUCAAAUUGCAUAAGAACCUCUUGGUUUUGAAUGAUGACCACAGAUGAAUCAACAUGUAUAUAAAAAACGGACUCGCCUGAUGAUCCGCAGUGCCGAGCACUUCGAUAAGUGGGAAUAGGAUCAUCGGCAUCUUCAUCAGUGUAUAGAACGCUCAGCCAAUUCCUAUCCUAGCCAUAGAAGAAAAUGUGGCGUUUAGAUUGAGGGACUGAACUUGUAGUCAUCUUGGUGACGUGUUGAGUACUUGGCGAGUCUAAUUCAACGCGCGGAGGGAAACAAUCAGAGUGAGGUGACACUACUGCUGAAUUUAGGCUGAAUCUAGUACUAAACGAACAUCUAUUUCCGAAUCCGACUU